AUGUCUAGUGUUGAUACUAUGUCCAUAUUCAAUAUAAUCAUAUUGAUCAGCUUGGUGACAGCUCAAUCAAAUACGUAUGAUUUGGAUUUCACAUCAGUUGUGAAAAACUUGCAAGAUGAAUUGCACCGCUUGAAAAUACAGGUUGAAAACUUGGAGGAAAGUCAUAAAACGUGUGUCUCAUCGUUGAAGUCUUUUGGACUUUUACCCAGAAAAAGAUUGUUGUUACCAGAAAAUGACCAAUCUAACCAUGUAGCCUUUUCCGCGCAUAUUUCAUCUGGAUUUACAGCUGCUAGCUUAGGGAAAGGCCAUGAGGUUGUUUAUGAUGUUAGCGACACCAACAUCGGAAACGGAUAUGACAACGUCACAGGAACAUUCCGUGCACCAUCAGCCGGUGUGUAUGCCUUUACUUGGACAAUUUGUGCUGAUAAUCAUGGUGAAAUAGAAAUUGAGCUGGUUAUUAAUGGACGGCGACGUGGGGUUAGUCAUGUUGAUUCGGAAAUCACCAGCGACCUCGAUUGUUCAACCGCCUUUGUCAUCGAAAAGGUCAGUGUUGGUGAUUUUGUCUUUAUUCGGUCGAAAAGUGCCGGCGAAGGACUAUUUAUGAGCGACGGUAGAGCUCGAUGGGCAUUUUCCGGUUGGAAAUUAUUUUGAAUUGGUACCCAAUCGAAUGAUUUGAGAUAUAUACAGCAAUAUUUAUUAAAAGUAUGUUGGUUAUAGAUGUUGUUAACAAUUUUGGUGUAAAAGGCAUAUUUGGAUGUAUUUUCCUCGCUGAUAUAAUGGCAAUUCGUUGUUUACAAUAUCUCUUGCCUUGUAUGUUUUAGGUUUCGGACAAUCCAAGUAACUUUCACAUGUGGCAAUGAUCUCUUACUUUUUUCCUUGAUUACAUGUU